UGGGAGCGCGGUGCCACACCUCCGAGCAUCGUUACCGCAGCAGCGGUGGUGUGAUCAUGUGACGCCUGCAUUUCCGACACAACAAUACAACACCGUUAUCGGUCUGCAUUCACGCUCCCACUCCCCCCACCCCCUACGCCUUUCUCUCGGUAUGGCGGAUGGCGAGAGGUCCCCGUUACUAUCGGAUCUGGGAGAUGGUGCUCUUGGCAGCGGUAACGGCGGGGUCUCUCCCGGUGCGGCGCCCUACGGUGUGCCCAACAAACCACAGAGCUUCCCUCCCUUCCCCAGCCCGACUCAGCCCUCGGUGCUCCUAGGGGAGGACCCUCCGCCCUACUCUCCUCUCACCUCCCCUGAGAGUGGCAGCGCUCCUGUUAUCAGCUGCAGGGUGUGUCAGAGCCUGAUCUCUGUGGAGGGAAAGAUCCACCAGCAUGUGGUGAAGUGCGGAGUUUGCAAUGAAGCUACGCCCAUUAAGAAUGCCCCAGCAGGGAAGAAGUACGUUCGCUGCCCCUGCAACUGUCUGCUCAUCUGCAAAGUCACUUCCCAGCGGAUUGCCUGUCCCCGGCCAUAUUGUAAGAGGAUAAUUAAUCUGGGUCCAGUCCAUCCUGGUCCGGCCAGUCCUGACCCGCAGCCAGCUGGAGCCCGUGUCUCCUGCGGACACUGCAGCAACACCUUCCUGUGGACAGAGUUCACAGACCGGACGCUGGCCAGGUGCCCACACUGCAGGAAAGUCUCCUCCAUUGGUCAGAGGUAUCCCCGGAGGCGGAGCUUGUGGUGUUUUCUACUCUGCUUGCUAUUCAGCAUCUCCACCGCGGGGCUGAUGGCGGGGACGUGGGCGAAGGCUCAGACCUACCAGGGGAUCUACGCUUCGUGGGCCGUGCUGCUGCUCCUGGUUCUCGUCACCCUGGCUCGGGCCUUCUACUGGGCCUGCAUGAGGGUCAGCCAGCCCCUCCAGAACUUCACAUAGAGCCCUUUCAGCCAUGCCGCACCCUCUUCCCAACCCACCAGGCAGGAGGAAAGAUGGCUUUAAAGGAAAAAAUACAACAACAAAAAAAACAACAAACACAAAAAAAAAAAACAGAAUAUUUAUUUAAACCCAGACAGAAAACGUUCUCCUCCUGCUCCUCCCGUCCCUUCCCUUUUAGUCAAACGUGUUUCUAAAACUGGAUGGCGGUGGCUGCGACUGCUAUAUAUCUAUCGGUAAUUAUGAUGAUGCGUAUAGCCUAAUGUACUGUUUAUCUGUUCUAAUCUCGUGGCCAGUGUGGGGUUCAUUUUAACAUUAUAACAAUUUUUCUUCUUCUCUCUCCCCCUGCGCUGUUUAUACAUUUUGGAUUUAGUCUGUGGCACAUCUGUUGCACUCCAGCAACUUCUACGACGAGGGCUUAGAGUAAAAUCUUAGAUGUGAAUCUUGCCCUUGUUUUUUGUUUUUGGGGGACAGUCCUCCUUCAAUCCUAAUUUGACAUUAGGUUUAGUAUUUGAGCAUUUAACUCUUUAACUUUUUUUUUUUUUUUUUUUUUUAACCUGAGAAAUGAUUUUGUAAACGCGGCGAUGAAGUCAGAUGAAGCUAACGAAUCGAUGCCAGUAGAAAAACGAUUGGCGGGAGGGGCGUCGGCCUCCUUUUUCCAGAAUCAAAAAGAUCAAGUAGGUGUUGAAACGUGUCUGAAAAAAAAAAAAAGUUCAGCGGUAUGUGAAGGAAGGCUACGAUGUUUCUGAACUCAAUGUUUAUGCCGAAUUAUCCCCUGGGACUGACUUUGAUCCAAAGCAGCUUGAAAGCCUUAAAAAGGAGGUGUGAUAGAAGGAUUCAACACAUGCACACACAUACACACACACACACACACACACAUACACAUACACACACACACACACACACACACACACACACACACACACACACACACACACACACACACACACACACACACACAGCCACAUGAAUGCGUACUGGCACACAACAAAAGAAGGAUGCUCUUUUUCGAGUUUCAACUGCUCAGACAUCAGUUUGUCAAAGGCAUUCCAGCCCCACUCCUCAAAGACAGGCCUGCAAACAGAUUUCCUCCAUACUGCUGUCCUCGUUCUUAGCUGAAGAAAAGUGACAUACAUUUACAUUUGCAUAAAGUAUGGGUGCGUUAUGUUCUGCUCCCACAAGAGUCUCACCACAUUUACAGCUUUUUUUUUUUUCCUUUCAUCUACACUAUAGCAAAUGGGCUUACUUUUUUUUUUUAAGACGUUUUACCUUUUUUAUUAUUUAUUUUCCCAUAAUACCUCAAUUCCAACUUCAGUCUCCAGCUGAGAUAUCAUAAACGGACAUGAAAACUUACGUUAAAACAUGAGCUCUGCUUUAUGGAACAGACCAAACUAUGAAAUUGUUACCUGGGGAUAGUGACCGCAGAAAACAACGCCUCUUCAUGUUUGUUGUGCAGCGGCAGACAGGCUGCCUUUGCGCUGUCACUUGGGAAAAAUCGAGCCUGGUGGCUGACCAAACAUGAUGAAAGCAAGGUUAACAGCGAAUUUUGACUGUUUUACUCCUUAAAAAGUGACUCAAACUGAUCAAUCAGUGACCGGCGCGGUUGCCGAUGAAUUAAAUCGUUGACAGCCAUUGCAGCUGUAAACGAAAGUACCAUGAUGCUCGACUGAUGGUAUUUCAGUUGCGUUUCGGACCGUUCAUGGUGAAAAUAUGUGCAGUUUUUGUCAUUGAAGAUGGAGGCUGGUCCUGAGCUUUCUUUUAUUGGUUGGUUCCACACUGGGCGUUAAAAGUUACGCCUGACGUCAGUCAGAAUAGGUCAGUGACAUGAACACAAACACACUACACUCUACAUUCUCACUCCGGUGUAAAUCCCACAAGGACGCGUCUGUGGUUCUGAAUGUGGUAACAUUUCUUCUGUUAUGAGUUCUGUAUUUUUCUUUUUUUUUUGUUUUGAUUGUAAAUAUAUUUGUAGUUUAUGUACAAUGGAAGUGACUAAGCAAAUUAUGUUGCACUCCGAGCUUAACACUACUGCUGUGAUCGCUGCGGACGUUUUAUUUGUUGUUUUUAAGAAGGUUAUUUUUGCAACUCUUCACCUGUUACAUAUUUAAUGAUUUGAUGAACUACUAACCUAAUACGCCUCCGGACGCUCGUGUCCAAAUCUUGAACACAUCGACAUACUCGCACCAACAAAAGACAUUCUGAAUCACAUUCCCAGGCAAUGACAUUUUUAUCUCUCUCUCUCUCUCACACACUCACACACACACACACACACACACACACACACACACACACACCCAGCACCUUAUACAGUAGUGAGAAACACUGCAUACACCAAGUAAGAUGAGAUGAAGUUACCUUUCCAGACUGAACUGAGGUCGCGGACAGUUCAUACGGUGUCAUGUUAUUUAUUAUACAUGCUGCAAAAAAGGUCCUUUUUACAAAUAAGUCAUUCAUCAAGUCCUGAAAUUGCAUUUAUUGUCAAAGAAAGUCCGUUACGGGGUGAGAUGACUCCAUUUUCCGCAAGCCUGGACCAACAGUAAUGGUGUUUUUACUUUUUUGAAUUCAAUACAAAAAAUCUGCCAGUUUGAACUUCAGGUCAGUACAUUUACUUUUACUACAGUUUUGUAGUUUAAAGGCAAAAAAUUUUGGGACAGAAUUUAAGAUGACAUGACUUGUUUGAUAAGAUCCUUUUUUGCGGUGGAGUGAUCAUGUUUUAUCCAUGACUGCAAAAGAAAUCAAUCAUGUUAAUGCCAAUAAUCAAGACCCUGGCUGAUGCUCUUUUCAGAGUUUGUUUACACACAAAUAAAGACAUGAUGAUGUACAAAA